CGGUGGUGGCCAUGGCGGAGUGGCGUAAUAUCACUCGCUGUUCUUCCGCGAGGAUUUAGGGCUAAAACGAAGCGCGCGAGCUGUGCGAUGCUGCUGCUGCCGCUGGCGGCAUGGAUUGCGCCUGCGGGAAUGUGGCGCUGUGGGCGCAUUGCGGCGGCAAGAAUCGAUCGACAGUGAGGAGGAAGCGGCGGCGAUUUCUCCUUCCGGUUUGUCGCAGCAGCUUGCUGCUGGAUCAUGUCGUCCGCCAGGUGCCGCUGGCGUCCGUGGGGCAGCUGCUCGCGACCGGGAGCACUGCUUUCAGGACUGUGGCUCCGACCGCCUCGGCUCAUGCUGUGGCGCUCAUGACCUUUGCUCAAGUUGCGGUCACGGCGGCCGUGGCGUAUGGAGCAUGCAUUCUUCCACAGGCGAGCAGUGAUCCACGAAACGGGAAAGUUGACGAUGGAACAGCGAGCUUGGUGUUCGAUGGAGUGGAUGUUAGUGACUAUCCAAUUUUUCAAGAUGAGAAGGUCCAGAGAGCAGUUUCUUACGCUCGAGAAGCUCAUGCUGGACAGAUGCGGAUGACGGGUGAUCCUUAUAUAACACAUUGCAUUCAUACUGCUAAGAUUUUAGCUGCUUUAGUUCCACAAGUGGGAACCAAGGCAAUUGACACCGUUGUUGCUGGAAUUUUACAUGAUGUAGUUGACGAUACUACGAGAAGCUUACAUGACUUAAGGACCAGUUUUGGUGAUAAUGUGGCUGACCUUGUGGCAGGCGUUUCUAGGCUGAGCUACAUAAACCAGUUGCUGCGCAGACAUCGAAGAAAAACCGCCCAUGAAAGAGAAGAAUUUGGGAAUGGAUUAACUUCGGAGGAGGUGGACAGCUUGCGCAUUAUGUUGCUAGGAAUGGUUAACGAUCCCAGAGUAGUUCUCGUGAAACUUGCUGAUCGCUUGCACAACAUGAGGACAAUAUAUGCUCUGCCUGCUCCAAAGGCGCGUGCUGUAGCACAAGAGACACUAGCUGUUUGGUGCUCACUCGCUUCCAGACUUGGAGUCUGGACCGUCAAAGCGGAGCUUGAGGAUCUUUGUUUUGCUGUACUUGAGCCGCAAACUUUUCGAGAGCUACGGUCUGGACUUGCUGCAAUGUGGUCAGUUGACGAGGAGGUCAGGCACUACAGGAAAAUGACAAAGAGGGAAAAAAGGAGAGCCUUGAUUUAUGGCACGGAAUCCACCGAGGACGAGAGCAACGAAGAGAUAGAAGAUUUAUCAAUGAAGGAUCUCCUGGAUGCAGUAAUUCCGUUUGACUUGCUCUCAGGUCGUAAAAAUCGUGGAAAGCAAAAAUUUGGUUUGCCACCGUCUCUGUCCAAAAGCAAGGUGAUCGAAGAUACUAAAGUUGCGCUUGCGGCUCUCUCCCUUUGCGAAGAGGCACUUGAUAAAGAAGUAGCGAUUUCCACCCCAUACAUCCCUGGAACUGAAGUAACUCUAUCUGGUCGAUUAAAGAGCCUGUAUAGCACGCAUUCCAAGAUGAAGAGAAAAGGUGUUCAUCUGGAUCAAAUUUAUGAUGCUCGUGCUUUGAGAGUUGUCGUUGGAGACGGUGGAGGAAAGCUCCAUGUGGCCGCCAUCAAAGGGUGUUACAGCCUUCUUGACGUGGUCCACAGAUUGUGGAUGCCUAUUAGUGGGGAGUUUGACGACUAUAUUUUGAAUCCAAAACCAAGUGGAUAUCAGUCUCUUCACACGGCUGUGAGAGGACCUGACGGUGCCCCCCUAGAGGUGCAAAUUCGUACUCAGCUGAUGCAUGAACAAGCAGAGAGCGGAAAUGCUGCUCAUUGGCUUUACAAAGAGAGUGGAGCUCCAGUUAUGACGCAGGCUCUGCCUACAAAUGGCAGAGAUUCGGACACGGAUCUAACGCCAUCAUCGUCUACACCCUCCAAGCAAGUCCAGUUGAGAUACCCUGCUCUUAGAAUCGAAGGUGGAAGUCUUCGAGCAGCUGUUGUCAUAAGAGUAGACCAUGAUGGGAAAGAGCUGCUGGUGGCUGUAAGUUCUGGAGAAGCUAUAGUAUCUGGAGCUUCAUUCGACGAUAAGGAUCGGUGGAAGAUUUUUGCGUACAUGUACAGCAAGGUGGCCAAAAGCUGGUGGUUUGCUCCGGGACACGGUGAUUGGGAUACCUGUCUCGAGAAAUAUGUCUUAUGCGGGGAUCAUAUCUAUCACAAGAAGGAUCAAUUUCACCGUCCAUUGCCAACAUUUCUCCAGCUGCUAGAAUUGGAUGCUCGCGAACUUAAAGAGUACAUGGAAGUGAUGACCAUGGUGGACGAAGGAAUCGAGAUAGAGCUCCAAACCCAGGCUGGGACAUCGAUGUCAAGCCAGAACUUAAGCUCGGGAUCGGCGACAACGCGACUUAACAACAAGGUGAAGCUGCUGAGAUCGAUGCUCCAGUGGGAAAAAGAGGUCCACUUUGAGGCGGCACGGCAUCCGGAUGAUCCGAGCUCGGCUGUUCUCACGGAGGUCUUGGUGAUCUCGUGGCCAAACGGUGAUAUCGUUCGAAUGCCUGCCGGGAGCACAGUCUCGGACGCAGCCCAGCGCAUGGGCAUCGACAACAAGAUCAUGUACGUGAACGGGCAGCUCGCACUGCCGCUGGUGGAGCUCAGGGACGGAGACGUGAUUGAAGUUCGUGGGGGAUGAUCGAUUUUUGAUCGAUUUUUGUUCAUGGAUGAGAUAUACUGAUGCCAUGUACAGCAUGAAAUACGCUGUUAUAUAUUUGCAUAUGGGGACAUAAACUAGAAAUUGUCCUGCCAAUGCCGUGAUCUUUUAAUGUCAUAAUCUAUCACACCUGGAACUAUUUAUUUU